AUGACAUCGCGAUCCUCGUUCACCAGAAUCACAACAACUUCAAUGUCUCUCGUGUACCUCCCGCAGGAGGCGACUCCGCCCCAAAACGACGCCCUCUGGGCGCUCACCUGGCUCGGGCCCCGUCUCAUUUCAGGUGGCGCAGACGGCAUCGUGCGCAUCCACGACGCAACCGACCUCUCGCUCCCGCUCAAUGAGCUCGACGCGCUCCCACUCGCCAUCUCCUCCCUCAGUGGGGCGGGGGAUAAAUUCCUCGCAUCGAGUCUGGACGGAACUGUCGCCCUGGCCAUGGACGGCCAGUGGGUCGACCGGGUCGACACGGCGCGCGAAAGUGAUGUCCCGGCAUACGCGGCCGCCAUGCAUCCUCAAGCUGAAGCGUGUGCGUGGGUCGGGCGCGGGACGACUGUCGCUCUCCGCCGUAUAACCGACAGCCUGGCGGGUGAGGACAGCCGCGCGACCCUCGAGAAGGGGCGGUUUGGGAUGACCGUCAAGUUCUCGCCUGAUGGGCGGCAGCUCGCUGUCGGGAUGGAGAGCGGACAUGUUGCCGUUAUUGAUGUCGCUACGUCCGCCGUGGUUGCCAGCUAUGCAGCACACGCGAUGUGUGUGCGGACCCUUGAUUGGAGCCCCGAUAGCCAGUGGUUGUACAGCGGCAGCGACGAUGCGCGGAUCGUGCUCCACGAUGUGCGGGCUGGUGGGGAGGGGGCCCGCGGCGAGGGCGCAGUCGCUAUUCUCCAGGGACACCAGAGCUGGGUGUUGUCCACGGCUGCGAGCCCGGACUCUAAGCUCCUCGCCUCAGGUGGCGCGGACAAGACGGUCAAGCUCUGGGAUGUGGGGCAGCGCGCGUGCGUGAGCACCAACACGGCCGAGGCAGAGGUGUGGGCCGUCGCGUGGCAGGGCGAGUACGAGGGUGCGCUCCCACCUGGCAAGCAGUUUGCCAUCGCGGGCGAUGACAAGAAGGUCAGCCUGUACCGCGCGGCGGGGGCUGUGUAA